AUGGGUAUUAGAAAGAAACUUGCAACGAGUCGUAUCCUAGCCAUGAUAAGUAAAGAAAGGCGUGUUUUGACAGCAUCAAAAACGUGUGGUGACACAAUUGAACAAAACGGCACUUUGUUUCGGAAUCCCAAUUUCCCUGCUGGCUUCAAAAGGCCAGGGACUUGCACUGUUGACGUCCUCUUUCCAUCAACCGUUUGUUUGCUGCGUCUGGACAUCCACCAUUUCGUGUUAGCUGAACCUGACAUCGAUGGACCACAAAGAGGACGCUGUGUAAAGGACUCUUUCACUGUCGCUGCUGGUAGUGACGUUUUGUCUAUACCAACUCUAUGCGGGGAUAAUGCCGAGCAACAUAUGUAUAUCGACGUUUCACAAAGCCAGAAGGCUGUUUUGACCAUAAGAACUGGAUUAGACUACAAACUGGUGCGUAAGUGGGCGGUUCAAGUGACUCAGAUCAACUGUACUGAUCCCCAUAAACCUCCUAUCGGUUGUUUACAGUACUACACGGGAUCAACAAACGUUAUCAAAAGUUUUAAUUAUGUUCCUCAACCGCUAGGACAACAUUACCUCAGUGGUUUGAGUCAAACGAUUUGUAUCAGACGUGAACUUGGUUUUUGUAGUAUUACAUAUAGGGAAGAAGAUGAUAACGGGUUUGAUAUUGGACCAGACCCGGACACAAAUGUGGGGACUUCGAAAUGUAGAGCAGGAUAUCUCCUCAUUCCAACUGGAUCGUUAGGCUCGUUGACGAAAGGAAAUGUCGGGGACCGUUUUUGUGGAAAAGGACUUGCUAAUGGAAUGGUAACAUCUCGACUACUUCCUUUCCAAAUGAUCUUUGUAACACCGUAUCCCAAAGGUGGUAAAAGCGGCGUUGGUACUAUAAGUUUUAAAGCUGGCUUGAAUUUUCUCAGGAUCAAAGAAAGAAAGCUCGACAUAAACGAGAAUGCAACCACUUUUGGCAUCCAAACAGUUCAGAAUAACACAAAUAUCACAUCCGAGCAGUUAAUUGAGCAAGAACCCACUCGUUUUUCAUCGAACACAGGUCCACGUAGAUCUCAUGAUUUUGGUGUUCCAUUCACGACAACCACGGACACUAAUGACUUGGAUGAAUCUCUAAUUAUAGUCACUGAUAACAAUUCGGGUAGAUCAUCGGAUUCAGCGCAGGAUACUUCACAAGACUCACUGGACGAUGUUUACUUUGAGAAAGUUAUGCAUGAAAAAUCAAAUACGUGGAACCACGCGGGUGUAAGAAAUAUGAAGAAAGGUUCACUAGCACCAUCUGCUCCAUUCACAGAAGAAGGAAAAGACAGAAAAUUAGCUGACGCAUUAAAGUUGUCUAAAAAUGUUGAUUAUUUCGAAAACUCAGAACUUCAAACGAGGAGUGGGCUUCUUGAUUACGAAGAGGCACAAGUUUCUACCUAUACCCAUAAAAAACCUUCUAACCUCGAUAGAGCUGAACUGCAAAUGUUGGAGUUAUGGGAGGAAGAAAAUGACACUCCUGUUGUGGCCAGUGGAUUUUACCUCCGAUAUCUUCAAAAUCCGUGUUUAUAA